GCCGAGCCGUCAGCCCUAUCGAUAGCUCAAUCGAUAGUUUGACAGCCCCCUCACUUCCGGCUGUCAAAUUUUUCUUUCUUUCCACGACGAGGAUUCCGACAGCAUGAGUUCUCUUAAACUCCAGAAGAGGCUCGCAGCCUCCGUACUGCGAUGCGGCAAGAAGAAGGUCUGGUUGGACCCCAAUGAGAUCAACGAGAUCGCCAACACAAACUCGCGCCAGAACAUUCGCAAGCUGAUCAAGGAUGGUCUGAUCAUCAAGAAGCCCGUCGUGGUCCACUCCCGCUACAGGGUGCGCAAGAACACCGAGGCGCGCCGGAAGGGACGCCACUGCGGAUUCGGCAAGCGCAAGGGUACAGCGAACGCCCGUAUGCCCACCAAGCUGCUGUGGAUGCAGCGCCAGCGUGUGCUGCGACGUCUGCUGAAGAAGUACCGCGACAGCAAGAAGAUCGACCGGCACUUGUACCAUGACCUGUACAUGAAGUGCAAGGGUAAUGUGUUCAAGAACAAGCGUGUCCUGAUGGAGUACAUCCACAAGAAGAAGGCCGAGAAGCAGCGCAGCAAGCUGUUGGCUGACCAGGCCGAGGCCCGCCGACAGAAGGUGCGCGAAGCCCGCAAGCGCCGCGAGGAGCGUAUUGCCACCAAGAAGCAGGAGCUCAUUGCUCUGCAUGCCAAGGAGGACGAGAUCGCUGCCAAGGCUGCUACCGCGGGUCACUAAGUAGUCCAGGCCUCGCUGGUCGGGCGGGGCACACAACAAUAUUGAUAGUACUUGGUUAUCAACUGAAUAAAACAAAACUUUAGUUUGGCCGAAAUGAUUUUGUACAAACGUGAAA